GAAUCCUGCCUACACCGGUUUACUAAAUCCGUAAGAAGCGCGCACCUUAUUGCAUAUAGGCCUAAUAGGUUAUAUUGAAAAAAUUCUUGCAAAGAAUGUAAAGAAAUUGUAUGAGAAGGAUACCUUUUUAUUAGGUGAAUAUAACCUAACAAGCAUGUUCUUUUAUCUGUUCACACCUAUAGAUUUUAUUAUGUUUUCUCCGUGUGACAUAUGUAGGUACCUGUUGUACUUUCAUUUUUAGCGACAAAGUGAAACCAACAACAGCUGUUUCUAAAUGGUUGUAAAAUUAUCAGUUCCGAUAAGGUUUUAUGUGACAUCUGAUAAGUCAUUAGAUUCGAAGUGUUUAGAUGACGCAUACUUAUUGGUGAAAAUAUAAUUCGAUCGAUAUGCAGUUAGAAAUGGAACCCCAGGAAUCAGUAUUGAAAUCAGGAGGAGGCUGGAAAGUAUGGCGGAUUAUCAACCUGGUUCUGGGAGUAUUCUUCACCUUAGCUGGUCUUGUCAAUUUAAAUGAUGGUGAUUGGUAUCUUUGGGUGCCAGUUUAUGGAGUGUCUGCUCUGUUGUGUCUGCCAUUAGUGUUGAAACCCCAGUGGUCUGUUAGUAAAAUAUGGAACACAGUUGUCACCAUUCUCUUCACAUUGUGCCUGACCUAUGCUGUUUAUCAAGUUGUGCUGUUGUUUGAGGCCAUUAAAGGGGAAAUGCAGAACCCACUGGAGAAAGAAGAAGGCAGAGAAAUGGGAGGAUUGUUGAUCAUUAUUGCUUGGACAUCAGUUGCCAGAUUCACAACUAUUGGAAGACCAGUUCAUGCAAGUAACAAGCAGAUGAUGAAUGCUCUCCUGCUGAUAACUGUCACCUUGACCUUCAUUCCUCUGUUCACCUGGUCACUUUGUUAUGUAGCAGACUGGCAUACCAGACUGGGCCAUUGUAAUGGAAUGUUUUGAUAAUUCGGUGCUUCAUGUAUAGAUUGGAUAUUUCGAAUUGUGCAAUACAUUUGUGUUACCAUGAAAUGACAUGGGCAUACUGAGUUCCCUGGCACAUUCCUCUGUCUGUCACUUUGUCCUAUUUGUUUACUAGACCUCAUUCUCCUGUAUAUUGGUGAGUUACAGAUCAAAUGUAAGUUUCAUUCCAAUUGACUUAUUUGCAGCCAAAUUUUGGCCUUUGAUAAUUUCAUAGAAUCCAAUUUCUCAGACUUAUUUGUAUUGUGUAUUUGUACAUUUAGUUUUUCAGCAUGGAUGUGAAUAUAUACCAGUUUUUUGUGUAACUGUGACAAGUUUCAGAUUAAACAGAAUUUCUUGUUUAUACUUGUGCAUUCUUGUCUUCCUGCUGGAUGCAAAACAUGUUCUCUCUGUCUCAGUUGAUAAGUUUAGGAUGUUGGUAUCAAUUGUGAGAUUCAUAUGUACAUAAAAAUAAAGCUUUUCUAUUCUUCACAAUAAAAGUAGAUGUAUCAUUAUGAUUAGAAUU